GAUGUUCAAACUAUGCAUCUCGAAGAAGUAUUAAUCAAAACAGAAUACAAAACGAGCAAAAUGGCCACAUAUUUGGAAGAGAAUCAAGUAUCGCAAAUUCGGCGUAUAAAAGAUGAAGACAUGCCGCGAUCAUAUCGCUUAAUGUGCGACAGUCGCCUGGAUUCUUAUAUUUUGCGAAAAGAUUGUGAAUCAUUUGAAAACGUUUUUUCUCUCAUUGAAGGCGACUACAUGCCGGCCAAUUAUGUUCAUCGUACAAAGCAACGCACCGUGUUGGGAAUUGCUGCGGAAAAUGGUUCACUGAAUAUGAUGUUAAAGCUUUUGGCUUUUGGUGAAAGUGCGACCUUUAAAGAUCCAUUUGGUAAAAGCACAAUUGAUUAUGCGAAAGAAAAUAAACAAGAGGAAUGUUGUGAGGGAUUGUGA